GCUGAGGGAAGGGGUAUGUGGCGCCCCGAUCCCUUAUCGGUGCUCCCCACGAGACCACCAGGACGGCCGAGCCCAUCGACACCGGCGGCCGCUGGGAAAAGUGGUGAGUGGGCGGUACCUAGCAAACCCCUGUCUAGAGACGUUCAGGACCCUGGACAGCCCCCCGGCAGACCAACUGAGGCGACAACCGGCAGCACCAUGGACAGGGCUGCAGCAGAGGGAAGAAGAGGGUGUGAAGACCUGGAGCGGAGCACUGAUACCCCGACCGGGAAGACUUUUUAGUUGGUUUUGGCUCCCCCUACCCCUACCCCCACUCAUUACAAGUAUUAAAGACCUUUUUUGUUAAACACUA